AAUUUUGUCUUCUUUUCCAUUUCUUUAAAAGGAAAUUGAAAAGAAAGAUAGGGGCAAUUUCGUCACUCUACCUUCAUCUUAUAAACCUCUCGCACAGCUGGGAACCAAGACUAGGGUUUUUCAAUCUGCGAUCAAACGAGAUCUUCAUCGCCGAGAAUAGCCACCGGCGACCUCAACCCCCGUCUAGAACCAUAUGCAGAUUCAAAUUUGGGGAAAUGCAAUCGCUUUACGGGUGCAUUCGAUCGGUGAGAAGCCACGCUACUAACAGCUCAAAGGUUGCCCAUUUUAAUUCUUUAUUGAGAAAACCUAAUUCUUCAGCUGGGAACGAAGUGGGAUGUGUCGAAUUUGUUGGUACUGCCAUUGGUUGUUCGAAUGGCUUGUUCUUCCCAAGCCUUUGCAAGUUCAUUUCUCACUCAUCUUUGGCAUUGACAAAGCCCAGUGUCAAAACAAGCUUGCUCACAUCAUAUAAUACUGGUGGUAGACAUUCAGUCUCACUGUUACAUACUGGUCCUAAGCCCGGUCUUGUUCACCAAUCUAUGGCACUACAAACUUUAUCACGCAGAUGCAUCUCCACAAUGGACAAUUCAGCCAACUCUGUUGCACAGGAAGCUACUGCUUCUGUACCUGGUGUUCCUCCACGCAUCAAAUUCAAAAGGCUUGAUAAAACAGCCAAGCACAUAAUGCAGAUUCUUGAUAAGGAGGCUGUGGAGGAAGUGAGGAACCAGAGAGAAAUACCAGAUAUUAGGCCUGGCUAUAUCAUCCAGCUCAAAGUGGAGGUGCCCGACAAUAAAAGGCGUGUUUCGAUCCUCAAAGGCAUUGUUAUAGCAAGGCGUAAUGCUGGUCUAAAUACUACAUUUAGACUAAGAAGGCUUGUGGCAGGAAUAGGGGUAGAAUCCCUCUUCCCCCUGUACUCACCCAACAUAAAGGAGAUAAAGGUGCUGGACAAAAAGAAGGUGCGGAGGGCUAAGCUUUACUAUCUGAGGGAUAAGAUGAAUGCUCUUAGGAAGUAAUAGCAAAUCUACGAAUACAAGUAAUUGGAGACCGAAAGGUGUUGUAUUCAGGAAUGCUGGAGCAGGGUGGCAUUGCUUAGGCAGCUAUCUGUUCUUAGUCCCCCUUUUGUUGAAUCUGAUUUAUCAACGUCUUUGGAAUUGUUUUGGUGGUCCUGGGUGGAAAUAUCAGCUAUUGAAAUGGAAAGCAUUUUUUCUUGAAGAGAAGUGGAAAGCUUGUUAGGCUGCCAAUAAGUUCACCCUGAUGCACUUCUGUUAAAGUUCUUGGUGGCAUGAUAAAAAUAUGUUAAGCAACUAAGUGUGUUGAGAUUGAACUUAGAAAUCGCACCUACUGUGUGGAUGUACUGUGUGUGGAUGCAACACGGUUCUGUUCAUCGUUUCUCGUUUCUUCUUGUGAACCACGGGCUUUCUUGGCAAUCCCAGUUUAUAUGGCAAAUGUCUAAAUAUAGAGAAGUUUUGGGGUUGCUUGGUUGAA